AUGAAGACCUCUCUGUGUCUACUUUCCACUCUCCUAUUAGUCAGCUGCUAUAGCUAUGUAGCACUGGGAGCAGCACCACAGCAGCUCAGAGGCCCCAAUUGCAGGACUCAUCCCACUGACCUGGUAUUCAUCAUUGACAGUUCUCGUAGUGUAAGACCUUCUGAAUUCGAACAGGUCAAGGUUUUCUUGUCUCAGGUCAUUGAAUCUCUGGAUGUUGGUUUCAAUAACACAAGAGUCGGUGUUCUAAAUUAUGCCAGCUCUGUCAAAAAUGAGUUCUCCCUCAAAACCCACAAGACCAAAGCUGCUCUACUUCAGGCAGUUAAAAAGAUCCAGCCUCUGUCUACUGGAACAAUGACAGGCCUUGCCAUUCAGUACGCUAUCAACCACGCCUUCACAGAGGGGGAAGGAGCAAGACUCAGAUCUACAGGUGUAAAGAAGGUAGCAAUCGUAGUAACCGAUGGUCGGCCCCAGGACGGCAUAAAGGAUAUUUCUGCAAGAGCACGAGAAAGUGGAUUGGAGAUCUUUGCUAUUGGAGUGGGACGCGUUGAUAUGACCACCCUGCGUCAGAUUGCUAGCGAGCCCCUAGAUGAACAUGUGGACUAUGUGGAGAGCUACAGCGUAAUCGAGAAACUCAGCAAGAAAUUCCAGGAAGCAUUUUGUGAAAUGGCUGACCUCUGUUCCACUGGAGAUCACGACUGUCAGCAAAUUUGCGUCAGCAGCCCAGGGUCCUACACCUGCGCCUGCAGAGAUGGAUAUACAUUAAAUGAGGAUGGAAAGACCUGCAAUGCCUGUGGUGCCUCAGCUAUUGAUCUGGUCUUCCUAAUUGAUGGCUCUAAAAGUGUUCGCCCAGAGAACUUUGAACUUGUCAAGCAGUUUAUCAAUCAGAUUGUGGAGUCAGUGGAUGUUGGCGAGAACAAGGCACAUGUUGGUCUGGUCCAGUACUCAAGUGCAGUAAGGCAGGAGUUCCCCUUGGGCAGAUAUAACAACAAGAGAGAAAUUAAGACAGCCGUGAAAAAAAUGUCCUACAUGGAGAAAGGAACCAUGACUGGUCAAGCCCUGACAUAUUUAAUUGACAACACUUUCACCAUCUCCAAUGGCGGAAGACCAGGUGUAUCUAAAGUUGGCAUUGUCUUCACCGAUGGACGUUCUCAGGAUUAUAUCAAUGAUGCUGCAUUGAAGGCUAAGGAACUAGGUUACAAGAUGUAUGCAGUUGGUGUGGGCAAUGCUGUGGAGGAGGAGCUGCGGAUGAUCGCCUCUGAACCUGUGAAUGAGCACUAUUUCUACUCAGCUGAUUUCAAGGCCAUGAAGGAAAUUGGCAAGAAACUUCAGAUGAAGAUCUGUGUUGAAGAAAAUCCCUGUGAAUGUGAGGCUAUUGUCAAGUUCCAGACCAAGGUGGAAGAGCUCAUUCAGGCAUUAACACGAAAAAUCGAAGCCGUGUCCAAGAGAAUCACUGCUCUGGAGAAUAAAAUCACUGUCUGA